AUGCAGCACUUUAUUUUGUCAUUUAUAAGAUCUAAUUAUCCAUUUCGGAAACCGUCAAAAAGCAAUAGCAUUUUCUACGCUUUAGGAGAUGCAUUAAUGAGAGAAAUAAAGCCAAAACAUUCAAGAAUAAUUCUAGACUCAGGAGCCAUAAUAUUAACUUUAAAAGUAUUUUUUGAUUCAGAAAAAGCGAAUUCUGCUCAAGAGAUCAAUCUUUCAUUAAAAACCCUUUUUAUCUAUUUUUUAUUACCACUUGACUAA